AUGAACGACUUUCGUCACGAACAAAUUUUCCACACAAGACAAGUGACAAACGGAGGCUCAAACGACGAGCACGAAAGCCGGCGACAACAUGGGGUGACAAGCCAGCGAGUAACGGCGCGAGAACCUUUCUUUCUUUUCUUUUUUUUUUUGUUCUUUUUCAUUCUUUCUUUCUUACUUUACUUCUUUUGUUCUUUUUCCUUGUUUCUUCUUUUUCGUUCAUCUAUCCUUCCUUUUGCUGUUAAUUUCGUUCCUUUUUAUUUCUUUCCUUCCUUCUUUCUUUCUUUUUUUGGUUCAUUCUUUCUUAUUUUCCUUUUAUACCUUCACUUUUUGGUUACUUAUUCGUCCUUCAUUUCUUCUUCUUCUUCUUCUUCUUCUUCUUCUUCUUCUUCUUUCUUUCUUUCUUUCUUUCUUUCUUUCGUUUUCUUUCCUUCUUUUUUUCGGUUCGUUUUUUCUUUCUUUUGUUCGCUUUCUUUCUUUUUUUCUUUCAGUUCGUUUUUUCUUUCUUUUGUUCAUUUUCUUUCCAUCUUUCUUUCUUUCGGUCCGUCUUUUCUUCCUUUUGUUCGUUUUCUUUCAAUCUUUCUUUCAGUUCUUUUUUGCUUUCUUUUGUUUGUUUUCUUUCUUGACCUCCUUACAUUGUUCUUUUUAUUUCCUUCUUUCUUUCCAUAUUUCGUUCGUUCCUUCUGA